ACGCACACAUACAAACAAACAACACUACAACAGACACUUUCAUCUUUAACUCCUUCUCUUCCACUUCACUUCCUCACACACUCUCUCUCUCUCUGCCAUUUACCCAUUUCUCCAAAAUGGGUAACCACACUCUCCUCUUCCUCCCUCUCCUCCUCAUCCUCUCCAUAACUACCACCAUCUCCGCCCACAACAUCACGGAAAUCCUCUCCGACAACCCAGACUAUAGUCAAUACAACAACUUCCUCUCUCAAACCAAACUCGCCGACGAAAUCAACAGCCGUCAAACCAUCACCGUCUUAGUCCUCAACAACGCCGCGUUUUCUUCCAUCACCUCAAAACACCCUCUCUCCGUCGUUAAAAACGUCCUCAGUCUCCUCAUCCUUCUCGACUACUUCGACAACACUAAACUCCACCAAAUCACCAACGGCACCACUAUCUCCACCACUCUCUUCCAAACCACCGGUAACGCUCAAAACAGCGUCGGAUCUGUCAACAUCACCGACAUUAAAGGCGGUAAAGUUGCUUUCGGUUCCGCUGCACCUGGAUCCAAACUCGAUUCCACUUACACAAAAUCCAUCAAACAAAUCCCUUACAAUAUCUCCGUUCUUGAAAUCAACGCUCCUAUUAUCGCUCCCGGUAUUCUAACUGCUCCACCUCCGUCUUCUGACGUUAACAUAACCGCAUUGAUCGAAAAAGCUGGAUGUAAAACGUUUGCGACGUUAAUCUCAACUAAUGGUUUAAUCAAAACUUUUCAAUCAACGGCUGAUAAAGGUUUAACUAUUUUCGCACCGAAUGAUGAAGCUUUUAAAGCACGUGGCGUUCCUGAUUUAAACAAGCUCACGAAUGCUGAAAUAGUUUCGCUCUUACAGUAUCAUGCUGCUGCUAAAUAUCUUCCAGUUGGAUCUUUGAAAACUACUAAAGAUCCUAUUACUACUUUGGCUACUAACGGUGCCGGUAAAUUUGAUUACACCGUUUCCGUUGCCGGUGAUUCCGUUACGCUUCAUACCGGCGUUGAUUCGUCUAGGAUUGCGGAUACUAUUCUGGAUUCUACUCCGCUUUCUAUUUAUUCUGUCGAUAGUGUGCUUCUUCCUCCGGAGUUGUUUGCGAAGUCUCCGUCGCCUGCUCCGGCACCGGAACCUGUCGGUGCUCCUACUCCGACGCCUGCUUCUGCUCCCUCGCCGGUGGCGGAUUCGCCUUCUCCGCUUCCUGCCUCGCCGCCGGCUCCCGUUGAUGGUGGUCCGGUUGGUGCUCCGGCUGAUGCGCCGUCGAGUGCGGGACAUAGCAGUUCCGAGAAAUCUGCUGGCGUUCACGUGAAAGCUUCUGCUGUUCUUACUUUUACAGUGACUGCUUUGUCUGCUUUUGUUGUUUCCACUGUUUUCAUGUCCUGAUUUGUAAUUUAAAUUUAAUUUAAUUUCUGUGUUUUUUCUUUUGUAAUUUUCGACUUUUUUUUUUCUCUUCUCUGUAUGUGAUUGGAUUGGAGAAUUUUUUUUUGUUAUUAAUUAAUUUAGGUAUGGGCCAUUGCACGUGAAUGAU